UUUUGCAAAAAUCCUUGCGGGAAAGUGAUUUCCUUCCACACUGGUACCACCAAUCACCCAAAUCGAUCAUUCAACAUUCAACCAUCGACUCCAAAGCAAGCUGAGCAUCCUUUGAUUGCAAGUUCUUGAGAAGUUGUCAUAUUGCUUCAUUGAGAUCUGCCUCACAAUCUCGGACACAGACAAGUACCAACACAGCCAGAGCACCAAAAAUCAUCAUGCCUUCUAUCUUUAUGAACGAUAAUGUGGAACUCCGACAGAAGAUGAUUCCACAGAAUGGUAUCUCCAAGCUAUCCUUCUACCUCAGCUGUGCCACCAAGGCAUGUGGGUUGAAUAUCAUCUCCGACUGGAAACUGCUAGACUUUCAAAGAGCCCACAAGCGAAGAAGGACACGACAAGAGGAAAUUUUGAGGUUGGCAAUCUCAGUGCAUGACAUCAGGACCUUUCUCAACAAGACAAUCUUUGUUGUUGCAGACGAUCAUGAGCUCCUCAAGAGCGGCGCUUGCUCGAACCUUUUCUGCAGUCUCGACUCGAUUGCUUCGGCGCUCGGUGUCGAGGUGAAUUCCCAAGUUACCCUUCGCAAACACAACGUCAAGGUCGACAAGGCCAUGGUUUGCAGUAAAGGCUGGUUGGACGAAUACUAUUAUGGUCCACUCAAAGUCAAUCGAGUUCGACUCGCUGGGAUCCUCAGUGGUGGUGACGAGCCCUCUCGUGCGGCCAUUAUGCUGGUCCAGUCGAUGUUGGGCCGCCUCGAGAUCGAAAGUAAGCAUUGCGAACAUUGCCGAGGACUUGACGGUGGAGCAUGUUCCUGCACUGAAGGUUGUUCCCGUUCGGCGCACAGCCAAUGUCGAAUGGUGAGCAUUGGCUGCAACGGUUGCCGCCAACGAAUCCAGCCUGGAACAGCCGCCAGGUUCCAAUGCACCACCUGUGACGACUGUGACUUGUGCCAAGAAUGCUACAAUGAUGGAGUACACGAUCAAACCCAUGCCUUUCGCUGUAUCUCUCGUGCAGGAUGCUUGUCUGUGGUGCUUGGUCCUCGCCUGCAAGUGGUGGGGCCAACCAUCAGCCAACCGUUUUAUCCAGGCAAACAGUUGCCUCAUCAGUGUCUUCCCUGCACGCCCCUGGAUCAGCCGGAAAUCCCCACUGCCAUGGCCAUUCCAGCUGGUAGUAAAGCAGAAGAACAAGAAGAAGCAGAGCAGCCUGGUACCGGACAUCAAGAGUCACGCUUGAAGGACGCUGCCGAUCCAGCCCAAGACAAGGUCCUGGAUAAGAACAUCAUCGAGGCAAUGUGCAUGAUUGUGGUCACCCCAAGAAUCAGUGAAGUCACUGAUACGAUUCCGGUCCAGCUUUUGGAUGAAAAAGUGAUCAAAGUUGGACCGGAGAACUGCCAAGUAGUUGAGCAAGUGUCUUAAUUUAAAAAAAGAUGAAUAACCACGCAGUUCUGCCAC